GCCACCAGCGACCACUGCCUUCCCGGCACUUGUUUUUCCGGAGCCUGCAUGGGUUCCCCGUCAGAGUACAGUCUGGAUGGGAAGUGUGGAUACAGAACGACAAGAAGCUCUGUGGUGGAAAAUGGGGUCAGUGUGGUACGCAGUCUGUCGAGAUGUGUGAAACAUGCAUUGAUUCUACUCACAGGUACCGGCCCCGCCUACUGCGGAUUGGGAACAUAUCAAAGCGGCAACUGUACAUUGCCUACCCCAGGAGAGACGCCCUCCGCAUCUUCAAUCACUAGUACCGGUGCACCAACUCCUACACCGGGAUCAAUUAGUCCUGAUGGCAGAUGUGGCUCAACGAACAGAUUUACAUGCAAGGGCUCUUCCUACGGAGACUGUUGCAGUAGCUCAGGUUUCUGCGGCUCAACGGCGGGACAUUGUGGCGGAGGGUGCCAAAGCGCAUUCGGUGAUUGCACCAUCACUGACAUUUCUCCAGAUGGCACUUGUGGCGGUACCAAUGAAUACAAAUGCAAAGGAUCUGCAUUUGGCGACUGCUGUAGCUUAUCGGGCUAUUGUGGCUCUACUACAGACCAUUGCACUGCUGGCUGUCAGGCUGCUUUCGGUAUUUGUACUGACGACUCUCUUUCUCCUGAUGGUACAUGCGGCGGCACCAAAGGCUACAGAUGCAAGGGUACCUCCUUCGGGUCUUGCUGCAGUAGCGCAGGAUACUGUGGGAGCAGCGCCGACCACUGCGGUGUCGGUUGUCAGUCUACGUUCGGCGACUGCUCGCUUCUUCCACCGACCAAAACUUCCGCCACACCUCCCACGCCAACCGACAUAUCUCAGGACGGCACUUGUGGAGGGACAAAGCGCCUCAAGUGUCACGGCAGUACCUUCGGCAAUUGCUGUAGUAGUAAUGGCUAUUGUGGAAAUGGCGUGAACUUCUGCGCUCAAGGCUGCCAAACACCAUUCUCGAGCGCAUGCAUGACGUCCAAUAUACCGACUUUGAACGGCGAUUGCGGCGCCUCCAAGGGUGGUUUUACCUGCACCGGCGGGCCAUUCGAUGGGCAGUGUUGUUCCGCUAGUGGCUACUGUGGCUCCACAGAUGCUCAUUGCAAAAGUGGUUGUCCAAGGAAUUACGGCACUUGCAAAUAGGCUAGACUCUCCUGCCAAGUCGGUCAGGCUAGGCGCGUCAUAUCAUGUCAGUUAAAGUACUAGAAAUGGAUGGAAAAACAAUAGAUGUGCCCCCUAGCCCCAGAAAUCUGAUAAAAGCUCGCGAGAUGAGCAAUUGUUUCGAAGUCCGACACGAUAGACUUUAUGUUUACUAUAGCAGACUCGUUAGGUUUUGGACAGGUAACCUACUAAGACAUAAGGCGGAGCCGUAUGACCAUCGAUGUAAACAGAAAAGGCAU